AAAGCCUGGUAAAAGUCUCUUCGAGAGGCUUCCACCUCGCAUCUCAUCUGUAAGCCGACGCGUCAAACCAUCUUGUGCAUGCGUCAAGAAGGGCAACCGCCGUUUCAACACCUGUGACGUCAAACCAAUACCAGAUACGGACAAGGGAGGGAAACCAGUGAAACCGAUCAAAGUUCGACCUCAUCCGAAGAAACCCGGAAAAACCGACAAUCGAGAUUACGACCCGAACUCUGUAAACUAUGUUUUUAAACCUCCUAAAGUUAAGUAUCGUGUCCCCACCUGGCCAACACCGACUGGAAUAACUCGCAAGAAGGCAAUUAGGCAUUGCAAAAGAGAGAUGAGUCGCAUCUUACGUGUGUGUAAGAAGGUUGUCAACGUCAAGAAGCUCAAAGUCAUGACAGAAUGCGUGACAGAUAUUAAGAUUUCAGGAAAGCUAUCUAUGGCCAAGUCAGCAUUAUCCAGUCUCCAAGACGCUUGUAAAACCGCAGCUCUUGUUAAUCCCAAAAACUACAAGAAGAAGAAAGGUCGCCUUGUCCCUAACACAAAAAUCCUGGCAAAACUCUGUCCAGACAACUGCAAUAAGCGAGGACGAUGCGUGAACGGAAAAUGUCGCUGCUAUCGCGGUUAUGGUUCAAGUGAUUGUUCGGUAGAUAAAAGAAAACCUCCGAAGCUGCAAGGACUGCAGUCUAAAGGAGUGUGUGACCUGAGGAAGCGUGCUUGCCGAUUUGCUAGUGUGUACGGAAGAGGUUUCUGGGAAGGUCACGUGAGCUGUCACAUACAGAAAGCUCGGUUGUUGCGUCGCAGAUGGCAUGGUAUCGGUGCGCAAAGGAAGAACCACGGCCAUUUGCAGAGUUUCAGGGAAGCAAGAUGUAAACUUCCUUUCAAGUUUCCCACAGCGAGAAAGCUUCGCGGCCUACCCCUGAGAGUGUUAGUGGCCAUUUCAAAUAAUGGUGUCUUGCUUAGCAAUCGUCUUAAGUUGGUUAUUUACGACUCGGCCUGCCAUAGAUGUUUAUCAAAUGGGCUCUGCUGGCGAAAGAGAAAUAACUGCAUCAUCAAAGGACUAUGCUAUGCUGCAAAUGAACGCCAUCCGAAGAACAGAAGACUUAAAUGCAUUCCACAGAUCACCAGGGGUGGCUGGACAAGAGUAUCACAACAAUACAAACCAUUAGGAAUGAAGAAUGGCCGUAUUCCAUCCCGAGCGAUCACAGCUUCCUCUAAAUGGGAUCGCUAUCAUGGACCAAAUCGUGCCAGGCUUCAAAUUUCUCGGCGCGGUCGUUACAUAGGAGCCUGGUCAGCUAAGCAUAACAAUCCUCACCAAUGGCUUAAGGUCGACUUCACCAGUCCAGUCAAGGUACUAGCUGUUGCUACACAAGGUCGUCAGGACGCCAGCCAAUGGGUGACAAGAUACUAUCUGUCAUACGGGUUUGAUGGCAUCAACUUUGUGCCCUAUUUGUGCCGAAAGAUUUUCCGUGCAAAUAGAGAUAGGAACACAAUUGUAAGACGGCGCCUGUCUCCGGCAAUCCGGACACGUUUCAUCCGCAUUCACCCAGUCGGCUGGAGAGGACACAUCUCGCUCAGGGCUGAAUUCUAUGGACACAGAACUGCUGUAUCAAGACUUCCUCUUGGUGUCAGUGAUAAGAGAAUACGUGAUAGCGCUCUAAGUGCCUCGAGUUUCUGGGACCGAUACCACGCCGCCUCGCGAGGAAGACUUCAUAUAUGUAAGUCAGGAAGAUUCCGGGGAGCUUGGUCGGCAAGAAGAAAUAUCCGAGGACAGUGGCUACAGGUUGACCUCCGCACUCGUGCGAGUAUCGUGGCUACCGCAAUCCAAGGUCGCCAAGACGCUAACCAAUGGGUGACAAGUUACAGAGUAAUGUAUGGUGACGAUGGGAUACGAUUCCGAAAUUAUCGACCUGGACGAAGAGGGGUCUUCCGCGGUAAUCGAGACAGGAACACUGUGGUCAGAAAUGCUCUUGUGCCCUCCAUCAGAGCUCGAUAUUUGCGUUUUUACCCACAGUCCUGGUACAGACACAUGUCUAUGAGGGUGGAGUUGUAUGGAAAAUAUUUGAGGCCUCGCCCUGUUGCCAAGCCUCUUGGCCUUUCCAACAACCGUCUUAACAACCGCUACAUAACAGCGUCCAGCAUCUGGGAUAAAUACCACGCCGCCUGGUUAGCGCGGCUGUACAACAGAAAACGCGGGCACUACCGUGGUGGAUGGUCUGCUAAAGUAAACAAACGAGGACAGUGGAUACAGUUUGACUUUAGGCGGCCAAGAAAAAUUGUCAAGGUCGCGACACAAGGACGGUCCGACCUCAGACAGUAUGUAACACGAUACGUUAUCAAAUACAGCGCUGACGCCUUCUAUUGGACACCUUACAGGAAAUACAGUCGAGUGCAGGUCUUCCCUGGAAACAAAGACCAACACACAGUCAAGUCUAACGUUUUCGAUCCACCAAUCAAGGCACGAUAUGUACGAAUUUAUCCCAUUGCUUGGGUGGGACAUAUGUCAUUGAGAGCUGAAUUCUAUGGAAACACCUUACCUAAAUACAGCGUGGAAGUUGGUUUAGAAGAUGGCAAGAUUCCAAACAGGGCGUUUACGGCCUCCAGUAAGUGGGACAGGUACCAUCGCGCCGAUAGGGCGAGACUCAACACUGUGGCGAAUAAACGCCACCGAGGAGCCUGGUCUGCUAGGAAGAACAACAAGCGACAGUGGAUACAGGUCAAACUGGGUCACAAAACAAGAAUUACCGGUGUGGUGACGCAAGGUCGACAGGAUGCCAACCAAUGGGUGACAAGUUACAGCAUAUCGUAUAGCUUGAAUGGACGCACGUUCCGUCCGUACAGAGAAAACGGCCGAAUGAAGGUAUUCCCAGGAAAUAGGGACCGUAAUAGCCAGGUGUCUCACAGACUUCAAAGACCUCUCUUCACGAAAUAUGUCAGGUUCCAUCCAAUCACGUGGUACGGACAUAUCUCCAUGAGGAUUGGGCUCUACGGACAGAGAGCUGGUGUCAGGCGAGCGGCUCCUAAACCUCUUGGACUACAAAACGGUCGCAUACCCAACAGAGCUAUCACAGCCUCAUCACGAUGGGACAGAUACCACGCUGCUUGGCUAGGCAGGCUUAAACGACCGAGACGAGGACGGUACGCCGGGGCCUGGUGCGCAAAGAAAAACAACCGCGGGCAAUACCUGCAGGUGGACUUCAGAGGCGCUAAGAAAAUAGUUGCCGUGGCAACCCAAGGAAGAAACGACUACAACCAAUGGGUGACUCUGUACUAUCUGUCAUUCAGUGUGGACGGUACUUACUUUGCUAAAUACAGGAAGAAUGGCAGAACGAAGUAUUUCAGAGGAAACAGAGACAGAAACACAGUUGUAAUGCACUUAUUGAGGCCCAAAAUAAAGGCGCGAGUUAUCCGUGUUCACCCCGUCAGAUGGGUUAAUCACAUCUCCAUGAGAGUAGAAUUCUAUGGAAGAGCUACUGGUACGUUACUUAAUAAAGUCUGUCCAUUACCAGUGCCUUCUCGUUUGGCUCUUGGAGUCGAGGACCGCCGUAUCCCGGAUGGAGGAUUCAGUGCUUCAUCCAGCUGGAACAGAAACCAUGGUCCUAAGCGUGCACGUCUGAACAUCCCCCGACGGGGAAGGUUGACAGGGGCGUGGUGCGCCCGCUCUAACAAUCGCGCGCAAUGGCUGCUGGUUGACAUCACUAAGCUAGCUCGUGUUGUUGGCUUCGCUGUUCAGGGCCGGCAGGAUUACAGCCAGUGGGUGACAAGUCUUAGAAUAUCAUACAGCAAAGGUGGAAUCUAUUUCCGCUAUUAUACCGAGAGGAGAAGACCUAAGCUUUUCCGUGGCAAUAAGGAUAGAAACACUGUCGUAAAGCACUUUUUCCGACGCCCCGUCGUUGCUCGAUUUGUCAAGUUCCAUCCAGUAAGUUGGCGUGCUCAUAUUUCUAUGAGAGUCGAGCUUUAUGGAUAUCUUCUUGUCCGUGAGGCUCCCGUACGACCAAGUGGCAUUCCAACCGGAAGGCGCGGCGCACGCUACAUUACGGCUUCCAGCUCAUGGGACAAACACCACGCUCCCUGGCGAGCCAGAUUGCAUCAGCGAGUCACAGGACGAUACCGUGGAGGCUGGUCAGCGAGGAAGAACAAUCGCCGCCAGUAUCUCCAGUUUGAUCUUAAAAAGCCUAGGAAGGUUGUUAAAGUGGUUACACAGGGAAGAUAUGAUGCCAAACAGUGGGUCACAAGCUUUAUUAUUUCGUACAGUCAGGAUAAAUAUCGGUGGAUACAGUACAAGAAAUACGGAAGAGUCAAGAUUUUCCCUGGAAACAAAGACCGGAACACACUGAAGGAGAACUUAUUUAUCCCUCCAUUCCGGGCCCGAUAUGUACGUAUUCACCCGUGGACAUGGGUUGGACACAUAUCUAUGAGAGCUGAGUUCUACGUCAGGAAAAUCUCUCGUAAUUCUGUGCCAAUCGGAGUCGAAGACGGCAAGAUUCCAAACAGUUACGUCACUGCCUCCUCUACAUACAAUCGUUACCAUGCCCCCUGGCUCGGACGACUGAAUAACCAAGCCCGAGGCCGAAAUAAGGGAGCCUGGUCAGCAAAGAAGAAUGACAGGCGUCAGUUCUUACAGUUCAACUUCGGAAGCCCGACUCUGAUAACAGCGAUAAGAACACAGGGACGACAGGAUGCAAACCAGUGGGUCACCAGUUAUAAGCUGUUGUUUGGAAAUGACGGAGUUCGGUUUAUACCUUAUAAGAAAGGCGGGCGAGUUAAGAUAUUCCGUGGAAACAGUGAUAGGAACAGUAUCGUCACGAAUCCACUGCGUCCUCCCAUCCGCGCCAGGUACAUCAGAAUCGUUGUGGUGUCAUGGUACGGACAUAUCUCUAUGAGAGUUGGAUUCUAUGGACGCCGACCAGGAAUCAUUAAACCUCGACUCCGAGCUCUUGGAAUGGAGAACGGUCGUAUAAGAAACCAUGCUGUCAGAGCUUCGUCUAUUUGGGACAAAUACCACGCAGCUUGGCGGGCGAGGCUGAACGUCAAGCGACAAGCCGGCUACAGAGGAGCGUGGUCGUCGCGAAUCAACGACCGCUUCCAAUGGUUAGAAGUGUGUUUCAAGAGACCCAAGAAAAUUGUGGCCAUUGCCUCCCAAGGAAGAGAAGACAUGAACCAGUGGGUGACAAAAUACCGCCUCACGUUCAGCAUGGACAAGACUCACUAUGUGUACUACAAACAGCUGGGAGUCACUAAGACAUUCCGUGCCAAUACUAACAGAAACUCAAUUGUCCGUCAUUACCUACAACCCGCCAUACGAGCGUCAUCAAUUCGUGUCAGGCCUGUCAGUUGGCGGGGACAUAUCUCUAUGAGAAUUGAGCUGUAUGGUCGCAAUGCAGUUACAAAGAGACUACCAUUGGGAGUAGAGGAUCGUCGCAUCCCAGACAGUGCCCUGAGUUCCUCCUCACGGUGGGACGCGUACCACGGACCUCACCGCUGCAGACUGAACGCUCAGAGACGAGGCAGGCACAGAGGGGCGUGGUCGUCACGUGCUAACAACCGUGCCCAGUGGCUGCAGAUUGAUGUCGGAAGCAAAGCCUUUUUGUACGGCAUGGCCACUCAAGGAAGACAGGAUCUAGGACAGUGGGUGAAGACAUACAAAGUCAUGUACAGUUCUGAUGGCGUCCGCUGGAGGUGGUACCAAGUGCGUCGUAGAACUUUGCUCUUGACUGGUAACCGCGACAGGAACACCAUAGUGCGGCACCGAUUUGCACGUCGUCUCCGAGCCCGUUACCUCCGUGUGGUGCCAUACACAUGGCAUAGGCACAUCUCCAUGAGGGUCGAGGUCUAUGGGCGUCGCCUUGGUAAGGAAUGCUUUGUUUAAUUUCGAUUUCGUACAUAGAAUUAACACUAAGAUCAGCAAUAAAUUUUACCAAUAAACUAUAGGAGACUUAAAUUAGUGGAUGAUGCCUUGAAAUGAGAAAAUUUACUUGCGACACGCUGAUUUUUAUGGCAUAGAGAACGUAGAGAGGGAAAUAUAAAAUGCGCUUUGCCCAAUGUUUCAGU